UUCAAGGGGUUGGAUAAGAUGGGCGUUUUUCUGGAUAAGGUGAUUAUCACAGUGGGACUCCAGUCACCACUCCCCGUGCUCAUGGAGCAGCAGUAGCCUCAGUCAGUUUCACUGCACGAGAGACGCGUCCCCACACUGCUCAAGGGACACAGAGACAAAAGCGCAGGGAAAGCAACACGCGAAUCACACUUUCACAAUUUAUUUAGAGCGGGAUAUCGCUUUGCCUUCAAGAGUGGAUUAAAAGGGACAUUUUAAUCAAGAGCUGAGGGGGUGCUGUCCAAAAUGGAGGUGAAGACAUCACUUCUCGACAAUAUGAUAGGGGUGGGUGAUAUGGUCCUCCUUGAGCCCCUGUCAGAAGAAUCCUUCAUUGAGAAUCUAAAUAAGCGAUUCGAUCACAACGAGAUCUAUACAUACAUUGGCAGUGUGGUGAUCUCAAUGAACCCCUACAAGUCCCUGCCCAUCUACACAGCAGAAAAGGUGGAGGAGUAUCGCAACAGGAACUUCUAUGAGCUCAGUCCACACAUCUUUGCUCUGGCAGAUGAGGCCUACCGGUCCCUGCGGGAUCAAGAUAAAGACCAGUGUAUUCUUAUCACUGGAGAGAGCGGGGCAGGAAAGACGGAGGCCAGUAAGUUUGUGAUGUCAUACGUGGCGGCAGUGUGUGGGAAGGGCCAGGAGGUGAACAAAGUGAAGGAGCAGCUGCUUCAGUCCAAUCCAGUGCUUGAGGCUUUUGGGAACGCCAAAACUAUGAGGAAUGAUAACUCGUCUCGAUUUGGAAAGUACAUGGAUAUCGAGUUUGACUUCAAAGGAGACCCCCUUGGUGGAGUCAUCAGUAAUUAUCUCUUGGAGAAAUCCCGUGUGGUAAAGCAGCCCAGAGGCGAGAGGAAUUUCCACGUCUUCUACCAGCUGCUUUCUGGAGCAUCAGAUGACAUGCUCAAAAAACUGAAGCUGGACCGAGACUUCAGCAAAUACAACUACCUUAGCUUGGAUUCGGCAACAGUCAAUGGAUUGGACGAUGCUGCCAGUUUCAGAACAGUCAGAAAUGCCAUGCAAAUUGUGGGCUUCAUGGAGGAUGAGGUUCAGUCAGUACUUGAGCUGGUGGCUGCUGUUCUCAAGCUGGGAAAUAUCGAGUUCAAACCAGAGUCUCGCGUCAACGGGUUUGAUGAGAGUCGAGUCAAGGACAAGAAUGACCUCAAGGAGAUGUGUGAGCUGCUGGGCAUUGAACAGUCUGUGCUGGAGAGAGCGUUCAGCUUCCGUACAGUGGAGGCCAAGAUGGAGAAGGUGUCCACCACGCUCAACGUGGCUCAGGCCUAUUAUGCCCGUGAUGCUCUUGCCAAAAACCUGUACAGCCGACUGUUCAGCUGGCUGGUGAACCGAAUCAAUGAAAGCAUUAAGGCUCAAACCAAGAAACGGAAAAAAGUUAUGGGAGUCCUGGAUAUUUACGGUUUUGAAAUCUUUGAGGAUGGAGACAACAGUUUUGAACAGUUCAUCAUCAACUACUGCAAUGAGAAACUCCAGCAAAUCUUCAUUGAGCUUACUCUCCGCGAGGAGCAGGAGGAGUAUAUCCGUGAGGGUAUUGAGUGGACCAACAUUGAGUAUUUCAACAACGCCAUCAUAUGUGACCUCAUCGAGAAUAACAAGAAUGGGAUUUUGGCCAUGUUGGAUGAGGAGUGUUUGAGGCCAGGCACAGUGACAGAUGAGACUUUCCUGGACAAGCUGAACACCGUGUGUGCUGAACAUCAGCAUUUUGAGAGCAGACUGAGCAAAAACUCCAAAUUCCUCACAGACCACAGCCUGCCACACAACUGCUUCCGCAUCCAGCACUAUGCUGGAAAGGUGCUGUAUCGGGUGGAGGGAUUUGUGGAUAAAAACAAUGACCUCCUCUACAGAGAUUUAUCCCAGGCCAUGUACAAAGCCAAUCACAGCCUGAUAAAGCUUCUCUUUCCUGAGGGAAACCCAGCUAAAGUGAACCUUAAGCGGCCCCCCACAGCUGGAUUCCAGUUCAGAGCCUCAGUGGGAACACUCAUGAAGAACCUGCUGACCAAGAACCCCAACUAUAUCAGGUGCAUCAAACCCAAUGACAAGAAAGCAGCCCACAUUUUCACAGACUCACUGGUGUGUCACCAGGUGCGCUACUUGGGUCUGAUGGAGAAUGUACGCGUAAGAAGGGCUGGUUAUGCUUUCCGCCAGGUCUAUGAGUCCUGCCUUGAGCGCUACAAGAUGCUCUGCAAGCAGACCUGGCCCCACUGGAGGGGCCCAGCCAGGGAGGGUGUCGAGGUUCUCCUGACAGAUCUGCAGGUUCCUGCAGAGGAGUUUGCCUAUGGUCGUUCGAAGAUCUUCAUCAGGAACCCCAGAACGCUAUUCUUCUUGGAAGAGAAAAGAAGGCAGUGCCUAGAGGACUUGGCAGCACUCAUCCAAAAGAUCUACCGUGGCUGGAAGUGCCGCACUCACUUUCUCCUGUUGAAGAAGAGCCAGGUGGUGGUGUCUGCUUGGUACCGAAGAUUUGCGCAACAAAAGAAGUACCAGAAGAUCAGGUGCUCUGCUUUAGUGGUUCAGUCAUUCAUCCGUGGAUGGAAGGCCCGGAAGCUUCUGCGUGAACUGAAACACAAGAAGCGAUGCGAAGAGGCCGUCACGACUAUUUCAGCCUACUGGCAUGGAACUCAGGCUCGCUGGGAACUGCGGCGUCUUAAGGAGGAGGCACGGAAUAAACACGCUGUGUCUGUCAUUUGGGCAGCUUGGCUUGGAACUAAGGCACGUAGAGAGCUCAAACGCUUGAAGGAGGAAGCCAGGCGUAAGCACGCCAUCGCUGUCAUUUGGGCCUACUGGUUGGGACUAAAGGUCCGUCGGGAAUACAGGAAGUUCUUCAGAGCUAAUGCUGGCAAGAAGAUCUAUGACUUCACCAUUCAGAGAAUUAUGCAGAAGUACUUCCUUGGCUUGAAGAAGACGAUGCCUUCCAUGUCACCGAUUGAUAAGAGCUGGCCAGCUCGGCCCUACGGUUUCCUGGAUGGGACACAUCAAGAGCUCAGGAGGGUUUUCCAUCUGUGGAGGUGUAAGAAAUACCGCAGCCAGUUCACAGAGGAGAAGAAGGCUACCUAUGAGGAGAAGCUUGCAGCCAGUGAACUCUUCAAAGAUAAGAAGGCCUUGUAUCCUAGCAGUGUGGGUCAGCCUUUCAAAGGAGACUAUGUGGAGAUAACCAAAAACCCAAAGUACCAGAAACUAAACAGCUUGGUAGAGGAUAAAGUUCUUCUUGCAGAUGUGGUCAGUAAAAUCAACCGUGCCAAUGGCAAGGGAGCUCCAAGAAUUUUCCUCCUGACCAAGAAGAGCUUGGUUCUGGCCGAUCAGAAGACAGGUCAGGUGAAGGCCAGUGUUCCCCUGCUGGACCUCAGCAGUGUUUCUGUGAGCACACAGAGCGAUGGCUUUUUCGCCCUUAGGCUCAAAGAGGGUGCUAUGUCUGCAGCCAAAGGUGACUUCCUGCUGAGCAGCGACCGACUGAUUGAGAUUAUCACCAAACUUCAUCGCACCGGUGCAGCUUCAGCUGACAGGAACCACAUCAAUAUCGAUAUUUCAGAUGAGUUCUUAGUGCAGUUCAAACAGGACAAAGUGUGUGUAAAAUUCAUCCAGGGUACACCAAAGAACGGCAAUGGUGUUGCCUGCAAGCGUAAAAACAACCGUCUUCUGGAAGUGUCCGUUCCGUCACCAUAAGGAGUGAUCAGUUCAGCCCACUGCAGGGGUGUCAUCUCUGAGAUUCUUCACCCUCCCCCAAUCCCAUAAUGAUCGUGCAAUUAUGUUGAUCCUGUCAUUGUCAUUUCUGACUCUGUAGUCAAAUUAGCAGUUUUUUGGCACCUGAUUUUACUGUUUGCCUUUAACGGUUAGGUGGAAGUCUGUUGUUCUCUCUUCCUAAUUCUUGGGACUCAUAAGAAUUAGCCUUAAAUUAAAAUAACAAUAAAAACCAUUAUGAUUUCAACUAGAUGCUUUCUGGCCGACAUUGGCAGAAGAUUAUCUUGGUGAAUCUCACCUCUGCUUUGCUCAACUAAUUUUAGUUGUCAUGCUCUAGGUGAAACUAUGUAAAUGGAGAUGCUGAAAGGUUUUGUUGAGCUCUUAGAAAGAGGCUGAAAAGCUACAACAUUUAUGAUUGCACUUUUUCACUGGGGUGGUGGUCAGGAAAGACUGGUUGCUUGAUGUUUAGUUUUCUGUUCUAUUCUCAUCUUGUUUCUCUAGUGCAGAACAGUAAUUUAUUUGAAAAAUACUCAUCUGACUUUUGCCAAAUGAUAAGGCAUUUUGCGAUCCAAAUUCUUGUGCCAUUUAGCUGUUCCUCUGUAGGAGAAAGACUUUAUCUUGUAGACGUUAUAGUGCAGACACUUUAUUUAUAAGCCAAAUAAUGAUUCAGUUUUAUGAUAAAUGCCAAACAAUAUCAUUUAAAUCCUGCUUUUUAGUAUGUAUUACGUUCAUCAAUGCUUACUUUAUUUUUUACAUACAUUAAAUUCAUUAAAACCACUUCCCCACAAUUUUAACAUGUCACUGAAAUGCAGUGUACUAUUCCUGCAUUGUUCAUACAUAUUCAUGCAGUUCAUCAUUAGAAUUCACAGGACCUAAAGACCGUCCACAGCCUGCAUUUAGAAUGGAAUCCCCAGUGCUCUAAAGAUCUCCCCUAAAAAGUAGGCACAACAUUUAUGUAUAUGUGGAAAUGCCUCCAUGCAGCAGGAAGACUUGAUUCUCACAUCUGGGAUUACUUAGACCAGUAGUUAAGACAGUUUGUGAGUGCUCAUUUCAGAAGGCCUCGUAGAAGAAAAGCUGAAACUAAUAACCAGAACAUUAAAAGCCUGGCUGGUACGAUUUUUGCUAAGUCCGCUUCAGUGAGUCCCUUUACUUAAAGCUGCAUGUACAUGAGCUGUAGAACUUGUGUGGACCUUGUAUGGAAGGAGGCUAAUUAUAGUAGGUGGUAUUUGUUGUCCUAUAGCUGUAUCUUGGCAAAAUCUAUAUGCUUUUUUGCCACUGGAAUGUGGUCUGCAUCAUUUUAUUUUGGCUUGCUCACAUAUGCUAAUAAUAAAUGCAGUGUUUUUCUUAA